AUGCGUGCCUUCAGCGUUUGCUUAGUACUGGUGAUGUUCGUGGCGAUGCUGGUCGGCACUACCGGUAAUCCCGUCGGCGAUAAUACUGUGCUCACUUUUGAGGCAGCCGAUAAACCAAUAACUUUGUUCGAUGUCGACGCGCAGCAAGGACAUGAAAACGAAGGCGAUCGCUUGGCGCGGGGCUACGGUGGCUACCGUGGUGGUUAUGGUGGUUAUCGUGGCGGUUAUGGUGGAUAUCGUGGCGGAUAUGGUGGAUACCGCGGUGGAUAUGGUGGAUACGGCGGUCGUCGUGGUGGUUAUUAUGGUUAA